UUGCUAUCGUGCAAGCUGGAGACGAGAGUGGUAGUGCGCGCGCGGUAGCUAGCGGUAGCUAGCGCGGUAGCUAGCAACGCUUGUGUCGUGAUAUGAGUAACCUGUGUCUGUACAUAACAGUUAGCCUCAUACUUCACAGACACAGGUCAUGAGUCCGUUCUGCAAGAAUCGAGUGCACCAGAAACCCAAACAUUUACUUCAGCCGUUGUUCGAGCUCUUCCAUCUCUUUUCGAACUGUUGACAACAAGACGGAUGUAGAAACUGGUACUAGUGUAGUAGAAGUGGUCAUCUUUCCAUUGAUCCUGACUCCCGAGUCCUGAGUUGUGUUGGCCUACGAUAAGGGUAUUAUUAUUUCGUGUGACAAGCUUUUGCCGUAAUGUCGCGGUCGGAAGAAGCGCAUUCAGCAGCUUGUACAGAUACAACAGACCACCCUGCUGGCCUUCAAGCCCUUCACCAUGUUCACAGACCGAAGACCUCAUCAUCCUCGUCAUUAAAUUUUACAAUCGGAGCUGGAGGCGCUUCGCUAGGAAGCGCCAUCCCACAGUUUCUCCAAGCCGAUGAAGCGGCAGCAGUAGCAGCGGUGGCGCAGCCAAGGAACCAAGUAAAACAUGUUGUUGAUAAGGCCAGUUGGCCUGACUCGCCCCACGAAACUCUUCUGAAGGCGACGACGGCAGGCGUUCGUCAACUCCGGAAUCAAGCAUCGCCAAAGUGCCAUGAUGUACCGGUGACUAUUCCGUCUACUAGUGCUGCUGCUGCAGCACCUGCAGGUUUCCGGCAUAGCGGCGGAGGUGAUCGACAGGAGCCGCGUGGUUUUACAUUUGGCAGACAACAUCCUCCUAAUUCUGGCGCUGUGGACACCUCCUUGCCGCUGACUUCACAACUUCUGAGAGAUCUGUUGCCCACUCCGAUAGCUGCGGAGUCUUUGGAAUCGCCGGCGUCCGAGACAGGCGAUAGUUGUGAGCCAAUGACAGGUGUGGAGCGGAGAACUACUACUACUAGUACUAGUACUAGCCCUAGCAGUCGUCGCCAUCGUGCAGCUGCUGUGCCGAUCAUGCUGAGUAGUGCCGAUGAUGAUGAUGGUGUUGCCGCUGGGGCAGCGCCCAUGAAUCGUCGUGGAGUGGGUAUGAAGGACGUGGUCGGGUAUCCUGCUGUGGCCGAUUCCAUGCUGGAUUCUGGCUAUGUUGAGGCUGCAUCUUUACCGCUUCCUGUGGUUGGCUUGGAGCAAGCUUUGAAAUCUUUUCAUCAACAUGUUAAUGAUCUGCUUGUUGAGCGCAAGGCAAAUCUUUCAGAGAACCGUGGGCAGCUAAACAUGAUGACUUCAUUGCUGGAGGAUGUGAUGGAUUUGCAGGGAAAGAUUGCUGCAAAGAAGGUGGAAAUGUCUCAAUCCAUGCUACCUCACCCUGUGUCUGUGGCAUUGCCUAGGAACUCUCAACUGGCAUCCAAGAUGGUCACAAAGUACCACCAACAGCUGUGCAGGCUGCCAGUAGCACGACACGCUGUGGUGGAUGAGGCUGACGGACUAUCCCUAAUGCCUGGUACUAUCACCCCACGUACAUGUACUCCAGGGAGUGUGUGUUCUGAUGUUGAUGAUGAUGAUGAGCCCGUAGAACUUCCACCUUUCAUCCUCGAUAUUGAAUCUCUUCAAGACUGCUCUUGUGUGGCGGCAGAGCCUGCUAACUUGACGUCAGCUGAUCUCGAAGAGGUACUGGACCAUUGUCACCGCCGCUUGUAUCAUAAUCCGCCUGACCUGUCACUUGACAAUCUUUUAGAUGCAUCCUGUCAACCGGCAAGACACACCACUGAUAAGAGCGAGAGAAUUGUGCUGGACGUGAUGUCUCGCUUGAUGCCCAUUAUCAACGAUGAGCGUCGCUACACGGCCAGUUUAUUCUCUGUUGUCAUCGAAAUGAUGCGUAUCCUGUGCGAGGAGCACGAGACUAACAAGAGACACGUCCGAGAGAUUCAACAGGAACAUGCGACCGAAUUUGAACGUAUGGAGAACAACAUGUCACGGCAGAUUGUGCAGCUGCUGAGAGUUAUCGAGAAACAAGAAGCAGAAGUUCGUAGACUUCGGCAGCCAUCGAUCAAGGACUCAUGCAGUUGUGGCAGGGCUGCUCAGUUGUUGACCUCUUCUCCACAAGCCGGGGGUAAACUUCCCAUUGGAUAUGACUCAGUGACCAGCUCUAGCAUGCCCAAUAUACAUGACAGUUUGGAAUCACUGACGUGCACCCUGCACACUCAGCCUGAAAAGCACGCCCUGAGACGCUCAUCAAGCCUGACAUCGGUCAGCAUGGCUUUACCCAUCACUGCUCUGCCAGCGGCACAUUCACAUGAUGAAGAGCAGCAGCAGUCCAGUGGAGAAAAAGAUGUGUUUGACAGCCCUAGCAGAAGUGUGCCUGCAUCAUCUCACUGGCUUACCAAAGCUAUGGCGUGGCUGCAACCUGUAACCGAGACGGAUGCUUGAUUCACUAAUGCACAGAUGUCUGCGCUCAUACACACUUUGGGUCACCUGCACUUUGCCUUACCUGGCUAUCUUGCUCUAUCUCUGCACAUGCCAGGAAGUGCAAUACUUCCCAGGGAUGAAUUCUGAUUCUUGUAAUUCUGAAAUAUUCUCUGUUUGGGUCCGGUUGUGACUCGCUACAGUACAGAUGCUAUCAUCAUAACUUAUUGCCAGCUACAAUCUACUUUAUAAGUACAAAUUUUCGUUCACGAAAUCUUUCAUUAGAUCACUCCACCAGCAGGUUCGUUACGUACUAAAUUUCGUUUUUGGUCGAGGUCUGUCACCCCGAACGUUCAGAAAAAAAACUUUAGUUUGGUACAAUAUUUAGUUAUUUCGUGCACCCUAACGUGUGCUGUUCUGUGAGGUUCAAUAUUAUGCAAGAAACCAUGUAAAUCAAGUGUUCAUUCACUCUUGGAGCAUAGGGAGAUGUGCACCAAAAGCGAAUGAUUUGGAGAGUACUUAUUGCAUUGCUGCCGUUGCUAUCAAGAUAGUUAAUGGUAGAUGCACUAUCUUCAUUAUUGUAUUGCGUUGCUUCUUCACUAGGAUGUUUGGCCGCUACACACAGAUGCACACAGACACACACACUCUCUCUCACACACACACACA